AUGGCCACGCUCACGCCCCGCAUUAGACCUGGCAUUAGAUACAAUGAACAAAACAUGGAAGAUGAAAUGGGAUUAAAGGCUAAAACCACAAUACUUGAGUUGAACAAACCCAACUGCCUUUAUUUUCACCUUGUAUCCUUGCAGUGCAGGAAAGACAUGGAAGGCCUGGUGGACACCAGCAUGGCCAAGAUCGUGUCUGACCGCAACCUCCCGUCCGUGGCCCGCCAGAUGGCCCUGCAUGCCAACAUGGCCUCGCAGGUGCACCACAGCCGCUCCAACCCCACCGACAUCUACCCCUCCAAGUGGAUCACCCGGCUGUGGCACAUAAAGCGGCUGCGCCAGCGGAUCCGCGAGGCGGCCCAGUACUCCAACUCCGGCCUGCCGGUGCUGCACACGCACACGCCCGCCCACACCAAGGCCCCAGCCCAGGCCCCGGCCGAGCCGGCGCCCCCCUACGAGAUGGGCCAGCACAAGCGCCUCCUCUCCUCCGUGGAUGACUUCAUGGAGUUCGUCUGA